AUGACUACAGAUCAGGCAGCAAGACAACCUUCGAAAUAUGCUCAAAACCACUUCACUUAUUCUUGGACGAUCAGAAGUUUCAAUGAACUUGUCACCUUUUACCCGAACUCUAGUUUUGUACUAAGUGACAGAUUCUGGUCUCCGCGUCCACCAUUAACAAACGAUUCCUCCGUAAAAAACAAACAGAAUGAUCAUCCAUAUUUAUGGAGAAUCAAAUUAUAUCCUAAUGGUGUCAAUGAAGCUGCAAAAACUCAUAUUUCCUUAUACUUGGUAGCUAUACAAACUCCCUAUGAAAAGCAAACAAGCAUAACAUGGAGAGAAAAAACUUUUAAAUUGGAGGUAUUUCGUCUCACUUCGGAUCCAUCUUCUUCUUCCUCUUCACCAACUCCUAUUCUGAUUCGGAAUGAGACCUUCACUAUGAAAUUUGAAUUUGAUGGAUUGGACGACUUUGGUCGUCAUCGCUUCUGCUCCUUUGAAAACCUAUUUCCAAACAAUGAUAGUACAGCCGAAAUUGAUCUACUUAUAAGGGUACAGAUUUUCAACGCCUCUUCAACCAUCGGUUCAACAGAUGAACCAGUUGAACAUACCGAGCCCGAAUUUCCCUCGUUUAAACAACAUCUGGAUGACGGAAAAUUUAGCGAUGUCGAAUUUACUUUCGAUUGUGGUUCUAAGAUUAAAGCACAUCGCAUAAUUUUAGCUACUAGAUCUGCUUACUUUGAAAAAUUACUUGGCGACAAGUGGAAAGAAGGUCAAAUGAAGACAAUACCAAUAAAACAUAUGGAAUACACCACUUUUCGUUCUAUACUAUAUUAUCUUUAUACCGGAAAGCUUGAAGAAGGAUUGGAAUUUGAUGUGUUAAAAGAUGUUUACUCGAAGGCCGAUAUGUUAAAUCUUGAACGAUUUGGAGAGAUGGUAGCGGACCGAAUCGCCGACAUGGUUAACAGUGACAAUUGGGACGAAAUAUUAAUGUUGGCUUGGGAGGUUGGCGAUUCUCGUUUGAAAGAGGCUGCUUUAGAUUAUGCAGUUACGAAGUGGGACGACAUAAGAGAUGGCGAAAAUAUGAAAAGAGUUAUGGGAUGCGGUAAUAUGGAUUGGAUUGAAGAAUUAAUGAGAGCAAGAUACAUAAACAUGUCGAUUCUACAAUAA